AUGGUUUCUCAAUAUUUUUCCACCGAAGACUUUGAUUUGGAAAUGCAAACAAACUGUCACAGGUCAGCAACAACAUUAUCUGCUAAUGUACUCGAUUUACGAAGCAUUAUACCACAGUUGAGUGAAAGACACCAUUACGGCCAGGAAGAUUAUUCUGAAGAAGAAGUUGAAAUUACCAAUUAUAAUGAUGUUGAUAGUGAAAAGAUCCAUAGUAUAAGAGUAAAACCUAAAAGAAUUCACCAAAAUCCACAGACACCUAUGGUCUUACCAUCUACGCACAAACCGAAAAAUUUACUCUCAUGGCUGAAGCAGAAGACGUAUUUGAAGGAAUUUUUUGCUGAAUUCUUAGGAACUAUGGUGAUGAUAAUAUUUGGGUCCUCUGUACUAUGCCAGGUUAUUUGUGCCAACAAAUUGCAAGAUAAUGGAUUUAAUGAUAAAAUGGUUCAAUUCAACGAUACUGAAGUUUCAAAUUCACUAGAAAAUUUGAAGUUGGUUUUUGCAACAGGUGUGGCUGGAUCCUUUGAUAAUAUUGCAUUUGGCUGGGCUGCAGCAGUCACCAUGGGUUAUCUCACAGCAGGAGGAAGCACCAUCUCAGGAGGUCAUUUAAAUCCAUCUAUCACAAUAGCUAACUGCGUUUUUCGAGCCUUUCCAAUAAAAAAGGUGCCAAUUUAUGUAGCAGGGCAGUUGUUCGGGGCAAUAUUUGGCUGCCUUAUAGCAUUUGGCUUAUACAAGGAGGUCAUUGUUGAAGCAUUUACUAACUGGUGGGAUCACGAAGCAGUCGGGGCAAUGUUUUGUACAAUGCCCAUGCCCUUCCUCUCCAGUGCUAGGCAGUUUUUAUCUGAAUUAUUGUGUACUGCAAUGCUACAGGCUUGUAUCUUUGCACUAACAGAUCCGUAUACAUCUCUUUCUACCAAUGUUUUUCCAAUAUUACUUUUCAUACUAGUUUUUGUCAUUAAUGCUUCCAUGUCAUUGCAAACAGCUGCAUCCAUGAAUUUAGCCCGUGACUUCGGUCCCAGGCUGGCUUUAACCAUGUUAGGGUUCAGUAAGCAAAUCCUUUGGUCUGACUACUACCAUUAUUUUUGGGUCCCGAUUAUCGCACCCAUAUUAGGAGCUCUUCUAGGUGGAUUAAUAUAUGAUAUAUUCAUAUACCAAGGUAAUGACUCUCCAGUGAAUUGGCCACAUGCCUCUUAUGUAAAUUACAUGGAGAAGCGUUUGAAUAAAGAUGUAAAGGAUGAAUGCCUGUAUACCCAUGAGGACGGGUCUAAAGACAGAAAUAGGAAAACUGACAAAGGUAGAAAUUUGAAUGUCGAUAUCAGGGAAGUUGAGAACUCAAAUUUGUCAAUGAGUAAUUAUAAUACAAAGUAA